UAAAGAGCCGCCGGGCCGGCAGGCGGAGAGCGGAGAGCAGAGCUUGACAUUGACUGGGAGCUCCAGUGGCGCCACGACUCGCCAGUUUCUCCCCAGGAACUUUUCUUUGCAGGAGGAGAGGGAAAAGGGGUGCGAUCGCCCCCGCUUUCGCUCUUUCUUCCCCUCCUCCUCCUCCUCCUCCUCCUCUCCAGUCCGCCUUACCCCCCUGGAAGCGGGCAGCUGCGGGCUGGGCACCCCGCGCCCCCCCAAGGGCUCCCAGCCGCCGCUGAGCGACACGCCAGGCGCCCCGGGAGCCGCUCGCCCCGCGCCCGGGCCGCCGAGGGCAGAGGAGCCCGCGCCCCGCGCCCCCGAGCCGUCGCCGCGGCUUCUCUCCUUCCCCGGCCGCCCCUCGCCCCCUCCCCCGGGCCCGCGCAUGAAUCUCCUGGACCCCUUCAUGAAGAUGACCGAAGAGCAGGACAAGGGCCUGUCCGGCGCCCCCAGCCCCACCAUGUCCGAGGACUCGGCCGGCUCGCCCUGCCCCUCGGGCUCCGGCUCCGACACGGAGAACACGCGGCCCCAGGAGAACACCUUCCCCAAGGGCGAGCCGGACCUGAAGAAGGAGAGCGAGGAGGACAAGUUCCCCGUGUGCAUCCGCGAGGCCGUCAGCCAGGUGCUCAAGGGCUACGACUGGACGCUGGUGCCCAUGCCCGUGCGCGUCAACGGCUCCAGCAAGAACAAGCCGCACGUCAAGCGGCCCAUGAACGCCUUCAUGGUGUGGGCGCAGGCGGCGCGCCGCAAGCUGGCCGACCAGUACCCGCACCUGCACAACGCCGAGCUCAGCAAGACGCUGGGCAAGCUCUGGAGGCUGCUGAACGAGAGCGAGAAGCGGCCCUUCGUGGAGGAGGCGGAGCGGCUGCGCGUGCAGCACAAGAAGGACCACCCGGACUACAAGUACCAGCCGCGCCGCCGGAAGUCCGUCAAGAACGGCCAGGCCGAGGCCGAGGAGGCGGCCGAGCAGACGCACAUCUCCCCCAACGCCAUCUUCAAGGCGCUGCAGGCCGACUCGCCGCACUCCUCCUCGGGCAUGAGCGAGGUGCACUCCCCCGGCGAGCACUCCGGGCAAUCCCAGGGCCCCCCGACGCCGCCGACCACCCCCAAGACCGACGUGCAGCAGCCGGGCAAGGCCGACCUGAAGCGCGAGGGGCGCGCCCUGCCCGAGGGGGGCCCCCGCCAGCCCCCCAUCGACUUCCGCGACGUGGACAUCGGCGAGCUGAGCAGCGACGUCAUCUCCAACAUCGAGACCUUCGACGUCAACGAGUUCGACCAGUACCUGCCCCCGAACGGCCACCCCGGGGUGCCGGCCACGCACGGCCAGGUCAGCUACACGGGCAGCUACGGCAUCAGCAGCGGCACCGCAGCGGCGGCGGCGGCCCCGGCGGGCGCGGGCGGCCACGUGUGGAUGUCCAAGCAGCAGGCGCCGCCGCCGCAGCCGCCCCCGCAGGCCCCGCAGCCCCCGCAGCAGCCCCCCCAGCAGCAGCCCCCGCAGGCGGCCCCGCAGCCCCCGCAGGCCCCGCAGCCGCCGGCGCACACGCUCACCCCGCUGGGCGGCGAGGCGGGCCCGGCGCAGCGGCCGCACAUCAAGACGGAGCAGCUGAGCCCCAGCCACUACAGCGAGCAGCAGCAGCCGUCGCCCGCCGCGCAGCAGAUCGCCUACAGCCCCUUCGGCCUCCCGCACUACAGCCCGUCCUACCCGCCCAUCACCCGCGCGCAGUACGACUACAGCGACCACCAGGGCUCCGGCGGCUCCUACUACAGCCACGCGGCCGGCCAGGGCUCCGCCGGCCUCUACUCCACCUUCACCUACAUGAACCCCGCGGCGCAGCGGCCCAUGUACACGCCCAUCGCCGACCCCUCCGGGGUGCCCUCCAUCCCGCAGACCCACAGCCCCCAGCACUGGGAACAGCCCGUCUACACACAGCUCACCAGACCCUGAGGAGCCCAGCUCGGAGACAAAGGGGGAUGGAUGAUGAUGGAACCCCUCACCGAAGAAAGAAAGAAAAGAAAAAAAAAGAAAACCAAUCCACCACGAUUUCUGUGCAUUUGGACAUGACUAUUUUUUUUUUUCUUCUUCUUCUUCUCAUUCCGUAAGGACAUGGUAAGCUACAAGGCAAACUCUGGGACCCAGAUGCCAAGGCAGACACAUUUGGCUGUCCAAAAACGCGCACGCCCACCUUGCUGGAGGCAGGCAGUGGCCAGGCCACUGGGGCCCUUCCAGGGACCCUGGGGCAUCUCCGCAGGAGGCCGGACUUGUUGGAAGUCGUCUUUGCAGCCAGCUCCAGGAGGAUGGAGACCCCGUGGGACCGACCGUGUUUGCUCACUCUCUCGGCCUGUUUGGACUCUUGUAAUUAUUUUUUAGCCGUAAUUAAAGAAGAAAGUCCUCUGUGAGGAAUAUUCUCUAUUUUAAAUAUUUUUUAGUAUGUACUGUGUAUGAUGCAUUACCAUUUUGAGGGGAUUUAUACGUAUUUUUAGAUUUAAAGCAAAAAAUUAAAUGCUCUUAUUUUUCCAACAGCUAAAACUACUUUAGUGGAACAAGUGCGCCCUAGCUUUUUCUCGCGACCAGAGUAUUUUUGUACAGAUUUGCUUUCUCUUACAAAAAAAAAAAAGAAAAGAAAAGAAAAAAAAAGUGUCGUAUUAACAUUUUAAAAACCCCCACAGGUUUGUGUUAUGAGAUGAGAUGGGGGAGGGGGGGCGGGGUGUUAGCUUUGCUUAAUGCCUCUGGCUUUCUGAUUGGAGAGGAGCUGCCUUAGACAAAUAAAGGCCUUAUUUUGCAAGUAUGGACCUACACACGUUAGUCUAGAGAAGCAUAUGGUAAGCGAUAUCACGUAUAUAUUUUUUAAAUGAGAGAAAGAAGAAAAAAACACCUUGAGCCUUAAAAUGUGCUGCUGAUAAAUACAUGCGCUCUCUUCUAGUGCAUCUAUUUCCUCCUGCGUUCGCCUGGUCACGGAAGUCUCAAGCAAGAAGCGAAAGGCAAGGAGAGGAAAUGUGAUUUGGAGAUGUUUCAGCAGCCAGUCAGUGCCUCCCCUCCCCCACCCCACCCCCUGCCCUCUGCCCCCUGCCCCCUGAUUGCCUGGCCCCAUGUGGCAGCCACCUCCCAGUCACCUGUGCCUCUCUGAACACCAGCAGUUCACCUUCAAGACAUUCCACGUGCUCAAAUUAUUUAUUUUGUAAGGAGAGGUUUACAUUAAAAAAAAAAAAUACAAAAAAAAAAAUCCCCCCUUUAAAAUAGGUUGUUGGAGCCUUCCUCAAAGGGUAUGGUCAUCCUGUUAAAUUAUGUUCUUAACUGUAACCAGUUGUGUUUUUUUUUUAAUUUAUCUCUUUAAUCUUUUUUUGUAUUAUUAAAAGCAAGUUUCUUUGGA